CACAACACCACCUAAAUAACUAAGAAGUGGAAGAAGAUGUUAAAUCUCCUGAAUGAAACCUUCUCAAGCUUGUUGCAACCUUUUUCCUUCAAGUAUUUUGCGCUUCUUGCAAUUUUCCUCAUCGUUAUAUACAAAUGGUUCUCCAAUUCCGUAAACUCAUCACCACCUUCUCCACCAAAGCUCCCUAUCAUUGGAAACCUUCACCAACUAGGCGAGCACCUUCAGCGCUCUCUUCAAACCCUAGCUCAACGCCACGGCCCGCUCAUGCUCCUCCAUUUUGGAAGUGUGCCGGUCCUUGUGGUCUCCUCAGAUGAGACUGCCCGCGAGAUCAUGAAAACCCAUGACAUCACAUUCGCCAACAGACCCAAGAACACCUUCUUCAAGAAGCUUUGCUACAACUCCAAAGACGUGGCCUCAGCUCCUUAUGGUGAGUAUUGGAGGCAGCUGAAAAGUAUAUGCGUCUUAAAUCUCCUUAGCAACACAAGAGUUCGUUCUUUUCGUGCCGUAAGAGAAGAGGAAACCAAAUCCAUGAUCGACAACAUAACUAACCACUGCUCCUCAUCCCCCUCCUCAGCAUCAUCAUCAUUUAAUUUAAGCGAAAUGCUCGAGACGCUUAUGAAUGAUGUGAUUUGUAGAGUGGCUCUGGGGAGGAAGUACGAUGGCGGGGAACGUGGGAGGACGUUUAAGAAGCUUGUUGGGGAGCUGGUGUUGGGGAUGUCACGUAUCCAUAUUGGAGACUAUAUUCCAUGGCUUGCUUGGAUCGCCCGUCUCAAUGGUUUGGACGCCAAGUUUGACGAUCUAGCUAAACGAUUUGAUGAGUUUUUAGAAAUAGUUGUUCAAGAGCAUAUGGAUGAACUUGAUGGUCUGACCAAGAAUGAGGACCAAAAGGAUCUUGUGCACGUUCUGCUUUGCCUUCAGGCUGAUUCUCCUAUUGAUAGAGUUAGCAUCAAGGCUAUCAUCUUGGAUAUUUUUGUCGGUGGCACUGAUACCUCAUUUGCACUCUUAGAGUGGACAAUGUCCGAGAUUUUAAGGCAUCCAAGAGUCAUGGAAAAAUUGCAGAAUGAGGUGAGGGGGAUAGUGGGCAAGAAAACAGACAUAAUUAGAGAGGAUGAUUUGGUUGGAAUGCACUACUUGAAGGCAGUGAUCAAGGAGACUCUUCGCCUACAUCCUUCAAUUCCAUUGCUAUUUCCCAGGCUAUCGACCCAAGAUGCACAAAUAAAUGGCUACAACAUUAAAGCCAACACACAAGUUAUAGUGAAUGCAUGGCAAAUUGGAAGAGAUCCCAAGUCAUACAACAAGCCAGAGGAGUUCGAGCCAGAAAGGUUCUUGCACAGUGCCAUAGAUUAUAAAGGCAAUUACUUCCACUACAUUCCAUUUGGGGCUGGCAGAAGAGGUUGCCCAGGAAUUCAGUUUGCCAUGGCUAUCCAAGAGAUUGCUUUGGCAAAUUUAGUGCACAAGUUCAACUGGGCGCUGCCCGAUGGCGCAAGAGGGGAGGACUUAGACAUGACUGAAUCUAGUGGAACAAGCGUUCGCAGAGUAUAUCCUCUUAAAGUUGUUGCUAUUCCAUAUUCGGGCUAAUAUAGU